GAUGACCGAGAUGACCUCCAAUUUUUCGCUUCGAAGCGGCUUUCGCUGCUUUGCCCGAUCUCCCUUGAGCGGCUGGAGCGCCCAGUUCGGGGCCGCCGAUGCCGGCACCUGCGCUGUUUUGGCCUUUCGGCCUACUGCAGGAGCAACCAUGGAAUGGACGCAUUCAACAACCGCUGGACCUGCCCGGUGUGCACCGAGCGGCUACGACCAGCGGACCUUGUAGUGGAUGGCUAUGUAGAGCAGAUCCUGGCCGAAACCGAGGCUGGCUGCGAGGAGGUGAUCCUCUCCAUGGACGGAUCUUGGUGCCCUGCUGUUGAUACCGACGAGGCAGACAG